AUGCCUAGCCUUUUGCCAUACAUUUUCAUGCUUGUAUUAGCCAUUGGCCAUGUCCAAGCCCGAAUUCUAAGACUCAGUUCUUCUGAUGGUCUAAUUUCAGAUGGGGUUGAUCGAGUCAGUAAUCAACCACCAUUUCUUAAGUCGGCCUGGUGGUCUCUACAGUUAAAAUCGUGCCAUCUUAAGUAUGGAUUCUUCCCAUGUGCAGAAAACAUUGGAGGCUAUAUAUUUCAAAUAGUUGUUUAUCAGUACAUACUGAUAAUCGGAGGAAAACUUGUAGCAGAAGGGAGCAAGACUCUAUUCAAUAUCCUAGGCACUGGUGUAUAUGGUGCUAGUGUUUUCAGAAUCCUCAAGGUGUUGCCAAAACUGGUUAUGGUGAUUGUAUCUGGAGUACUCCAGAACAAAGAGACUGCUCAAUCUAAGGUUUCGUUCGGAGUAGGUGUGUACGCUGGAUCCACCGUGUUUAAUCUCACAGUGAUGUGGGGUAUGUGCGUAAUCUUUGGCAGAACAGAGUUAUCUGCAAAAUCAACUUCUAAGCAAACAAGCUCUUCAGUUUCAAAAUGUUUGCUGGCCAAAGAAAAACUAUCAGACUUGAACGAUACUGGUGUCACAAUUGACAAAAAGACUUGUUACACAGCUGGGAUUAUGCUUCUUUCUUUGAUCCCUUAUAUUCUAGUGCAAUUAACCAAUGUUUUGAACACGUCAUUUGGAGAUCGCCUCGUGAUUCUGAUUGCGCUUAUACUAUCAACCUUAUUGCUACUGUCCUACUUCGUCUAUCAGAUUUUUUAUCCUUGGAUUCAGGAAAGAAGUUUAGAGUACUUUAAGUAUGAAAAUUUGCUAGCUGGUUUUCUGCAUCAUGUUCAAAGACAUGCCCAAGAAAAGCUUAUUGAUGAAAAUGGACAACCUAAUGUUCCAGUCAUCAAAAGAUUAUUUUCCCAAACAGAUAAAGAUGAUGACAACUGUAUUACAAUUCCUGAAUUGGAAAAGUUGAUACUUGAUAUCCAGAAGGGGAAGGGGAAGGGGAAGGUGCAGGUAGACAAAGACUAUGCUAAAUCUGAAAUUCUGAAAACGUUCGACCUGAAUACGGAUGGAAGAAUAGAAGAACAUGAGUUCGUAGAGGGAUGCUCAAAAUGGAUACACGAAGCUAAGCAGUUGGCUGAAAGUGGCGAUUCUACCCCCAGAAAGUUCUUACGCGAGGUAGUGCAGAAGCUAAACAAAAGAAAUAUACUCACAGAGGUUGAGCAUCUAAUGGCAAGGAUUUUGAAGCAUGCUCAAAGCCAAGCACUUGAAGGAAAAUAUCUUCUCUCGGAUGAUGGAAGCCCAGAUAUUAAUCGAAUAAAAGAUCUGUUCAAUAAGUUUGAUACUGACAGAAGCAACUCGAUAUCCAAAUCCGAAAUGGAGCAAGUAAUCCAUACUGUCAAAUUUGGAGAAAUGCAGCUAGAUCGCGAGGGUGUGAUAGAGAAGGUGAUGAAAGAUUUAGAUAAGGAUGGUAACAACAUAAUCGACGAAGAAGAAUUUGUCGAUGGAGUAACUAAAUGGCUUAAUAAAGCCAUUGAUGUAACAAAAUGCGAGGAUGCAAAGAAGUCUAUAGAUGAAUUUGACAAGAUUAUGUGGGGAGAAGUUGACAACUUAGUGAAUGAAGGGAAACAAAGUGGAAGUUCCAAGUUUAAAUCAAUGACAUGGCCUUUUAGCAAAUCCGUAUUUGAAGUGAUAUUGGGAAUUGCUGUAUUGACCUUCUUCUCUGGGCCUCUUAUGACUAGCAUUGAACAAAUAUCAGAUGCCAUUGGUGUCCCUUCUUUCUUCAUAUCUUUUGUGAUAGUACCAGCUGCCAUGAAUGCAGCAACAGCCAUUUCAGCAAUAUUUCCAGCAAGCCAAAAGAGUUCAAGAACUGCUUCUUUGACAUUUUCAGAGAUUUACGGUGGAGUGGUGACGAACAACAUCACGGGAUUAACAGCACUUUUAGUAAUUGUUUAUGCAAAAGAUUUGACAUGGAGUUAUUCUGCUGAAGUGCUCACAAUUUUAAUGGUCUGUGGGGUGAUUGGUCUAAUGGCAUAUUCAUGCAACACUUAUCCAUUAUGGACUUGUUUAUUGGCAUUUUUCCUUUAUCCAUUCUCCCUAGUACUAUAUUAUGUUCUCCAGUAUAUUUCGGGUUGGGAUUAA